GCUCUGCACUGCUGCACCAGCUGAUGCUCUCUCCUCUCCUAUACAGUUCUCCAAGGAGAAAUAUAUCCUUGACUCGUCACCAGAGAAGCUUCACAAGGAGCUGGAAGAGGAGCUGAAGCUGAGCAGCACCGACCUGCGCAGCCAUGCUUGGUACCACGGCCGCAUCCCCCGGGAGGUGUCAGAGAGCCUCGUGCAGAGGAACGGCGACUUCCUUAUCCGCGAUUCGCUCACCAGCCUGGGCGACUACGUGCUGACGUGCCGCUGGCGCAAUGAGCCCCUCCAUUUUAAGAUCAACAAGGUGACAGUCAAGUCAAGCGAGGGCCAUACCCGCGUCCAGUACCUCUUCGAGCAGGAGAGUUUUGACAACGUGCCCGCCCUCGUCCGCUUCUACGUGGGCAAUCGCAAGGCCAUCUCUGAGCAGAGCGGAGCCAUCAUUUACUGCCCCAUCAACCGCACCUUUCCCCUGCGCUACCUGGAAGCCAGCUAUGGGCUGGCCAACGGCAAGCAUGGGGGACCCCACAGCCCCACCACCCAAAAAGGGGGGCACAUCAAGAGGAGGAGCAUCACCAUGACGGAUGGCCUGACAGCAGACAAGAUCACCAGGGCUGAGGGGUGCCCGACCAGCGUGUCCCUGCCCCACCACAGAGACAUCAUUCGCAACUGUGCCGUCAGUGUGGACCAGAUCCAAGACCUGCACUCCCCAAUGUCCCCUAUCUCCGAGAACCCAGCGUCACCCGCCUACAGUACAGUUACACGGCUAAAGCCACAUGCCUGCCAAGCAGCUGGGAUUGCCCCGGCCUCUCCAGUCAUAAGAAGGUCCAGCGAGCCCCAGCUGUGCCCGGGGAACAACAGCAAACCCCUGCCAGACCCUGCUCACAGCACCCACUCGACUCCCUGCCAUGGGUAUGCCCGCGCCUCCCCCUCUCCCUCCGUGAACAGCUACAGCGACCCGGACACGGGCCAUUACUGCCAGCUGCACCCCACCUCGCCCAUCAGCAGAGACCGGCCAGCUCAUGACAUCAAGCAGCUGCCAACAAAGAGCUAUGUGGAGAGGCUAAAGGUGGAGGAAGGACAGAGAGGGACUGUGGAGAACGGCUCUGGGGAAGCAGAGGCAGGGCAGAGGCUGAAAGGGGAGCUGGACUUCCUGGGCUUUGUGCCCCCCACCAUGGAGACGACCUCCUCUUUCAACCCCGUGGCCUUCCAGUCCCUGCUUAUCCCCCUGGAGAACAAACCCCUGGAGAUGGCUGUGCUCAAGAAGGUCAAAGAGCUGCUGGCAGAGGUGGAUGUGAAGACGCUGGCCAAACACAUCACCAAAGUGGACUGCCUGGUUGCCCGGAUAUUGGGUGUGACAGUGGAGAUGCAGCGGCUCAUGGGGGUGAGCUCUGGCAUGGAGCUGCUUACCCUGCCCCACGGCCACCAGCUCCGCCUUGACCUGCUGGAACGGUACGGCACCGCACGGCAGAGGCAAGCNGUGGACAUCCUGGGCUGCACGGGCAGCACAGAGGAGCGGGCGGCCCUGCUCCACAAAACCAUCCAGCUGGCCGCCGAGCUGAAGAGCACCAUGGGGAACAUGUUCAGUUUUGCGGCUGUGAUGAACGCCCUGGAAAUGACACAGAUCGCCCGGCUGGAGCAGACCUGGAUGGUGCUGCGGCAGCGGCACACAGAGGGUGCAAUCCUCUAUGAGAAGAAGCUCAAGCCGUUCCUGAAGAGCCUGAAUGAAGGGAAAGAAGGGCCACCGCUGACCAACACCACCUUUCCCCACGUCAUGCCCCUUGUGACUCUCCUGGAGCGGGACGAGGCUCUCACGGACAGCCUGGAGCCCUGGGAGACCACCGACAAUGGCGUGGAGGUGGUCAUGGCCCACCUGGAGGCGGCACGGAUGGUGGCCCACCAUGGUGGGCUUUACCACACCAACGCUGAGGUGAAGCUGCAGGGUUUCCAGGGCAGAGCGGAGCUGCUGGAGGUCUUCAGCACUGAGUUCCAGCUGCGGCUGGCCCGGGGGCGGCGCGGGGGCGGGGCGAGCAACGAGCGCUACGAGAAGUUCGACAAAGUCCUCACUGCCCUGUCCCACAAGCUGGAACCAGCGAUGCGCUUCAGUGAGCUGUAA